AUACGAAAUUUGUAUUCGUGUGCUCGUAUUGACCGCUAUUAUUUUUCGGUAUCGUUAAAUUUGUAAAUGAAUUAUUUUAUUAAAUGAAUUUAAUAAAAUACCAUAAAGGUCCGCAACAAAUCGAAAGUGUAUAUUAAAAAGUUACUUAAUGAUAAAAAUAUAAUUUACAAUAAAAAAAUUGCUAAUAUAGCAAAUUUAUUUUUCAAUGUGCUGAAAAAAUUUGAACGAAAAUUAGUGUUUCAAAUUAAUAAACAAAUAAAGAAAAAAACCAUAUUAAUUUAAGAUUGAUGCCAAAACGUGUUAAAAUUUAGUGACAAAUUAUUUGUUGAUUUUUAAAAGUAUACACAGCAAACAGAAGAAAAGACACGGUAUCUCAGCUGGAGUACUAUAAUAUGCUGCCUGCUUAUAGCAACAGUUUUCUUUCCCUCUGGAAGAGCACAAUUUUCGUGUACAAAUUUUUAUCUCGUUAAUAUAUCAAACUGGAUAAAUUAAUACAAACGCCCCUUUGGCCGCCUGCACAAGGAAUUAAGCCAAAAGUUGCUAACAGCUUUUUGUUGUUGCAAAUAAGCAAACAACAAAAAAAGCAAAGAAAAUUUAAAAAAAUAAAUUGAAGUGCAAAGGAGGAAGAAAUUUUGGUUGAUUUUAUUUUAUUUAUAUAUUUUCUUGCAUAACUUGAGUGGCCAAUAAAAUUUGUCAAACUGAAGCAAUUGUCGGAAGACGUAACGGUGCUGUUGAAAAUCAAAAAAAUGGACAGCAUCGUCGAAGAGAAUGGUAAUUCCAAUAACGUAGACGAAGGACACAAUUUAUCAACAGCACAACAACAGAGCAACAAUUCAACAAAUUCCACCACAAUUAAUGUACCACCACCGCCAUCAUCGUCAGUUUUAACCACAACAUCAAAUGUGGUACAAUAUCUGCCACCACAUGGUCUGCAGUCGGUGAUACAAGCAGCAAAUCAAUCCUCUGUAAUACAAACCGCCGCCACCACAAACGCCAUGUCCAAAAACGUAGUUUUUGUUAGCAAACCGAACACGACGGUAAUACACACCACAUCAGGAAAUGCUGUCCAGCUCCCCCCAAAUUUUCUAUGUAAGAUUAAACCAGAACCGAACACACACCACCUCGAUUCAAAUAGUGAGGAUAGUCUAACGGAUGAAGACUCACCUCGACGACACAGAGAACUCACAAGAAGGCCAUCGUACCAUAAAAUAUUUACUGAAAUCAGUGGACCCGAUAUAUCAG